UCUUUUACAAUUCUGUUACAGAUGAUAUGACCAAAUGAAUGAUAUACCUAAUAUUAAUAUACCCUUUGUUCAUUUUGGAGAAACUUUUCAAGAAUUUUCCACAAAACCAAUAUUUUUGAUUUUUAGUCUAUCAAAAUAUCAACGGAUGAUUACGAAUUUGAAUGUCUUCAUUCUCAAUACAACGCUCCUAGUGUAUUUUCUAUAAAUUAAUUCUCAAAAUAAAUAAAAGUCAGCUGUGCGACUGAUUUUUAUCAAUUUGUUUUGUUAGAAACAAAAAUAUAUCCUACGUUUUUCUCUGCAAUUUAAUUAAAAGAAAACGUAUAGCGUGGGCAAUCAUGAUCUCAGUAAAUGAGAAUAUUCAAGGAAAGUGCCAAAUAUGUGAAAUCAAGCAAGAAAGUCUCAUUGAUAUUGAGUCCAAAGAGGCUGGUGACAUCGAGGAAAAAAUUCAAGCAAUUACUAAUUUUGAGGAUAAGGACUGCAACUGGUUAAGAUUUCUAUGUAAUUGUUGCAAACAGAAACUAGAUGAUUUUUGGGAAUUCAGAAAUCUAUGCAAGAACGCAUAUGAGAAAUUCUUGGAAAGUUUUGAUGAAGUUGAUAAAAAUUCUACUUUAAUAUCAAUUCCUCAUUCACCACAGACACCACAGGCAUCAAAUGUUAAUUCAAGGGGAGCAACUUGGUCAAAUGAAUAUGGUGGUUGGGAUAAAAAUAUUGGAAUAGCUGAAAUAGAUUCCAUUAAAGAAGAAUGCAUGGAAACACCAAAUGACAGUGAUCCUUUGGACAUGAAUGAAUGUGAUUUAGGGAUGGUGGAAUGCAAGGAUGAUCUUGAUAUAGAGGGCCAAAAAACUGAGACUCUAAGCACUUUAAAAAUAAAUUCUUUUACCUCAUCUCAACGGAAAAAUUGCGAUAAAAUAAAACAAUGUAAAAAGAGAGAUAAGAAAAAGAAAACUUCUGCAAAAGUUAAAGAAAAGCUCCCAAAAACACCAAAAAAAUUGAAGUCCAAAGAAAUUGGACCAUUUACCUGUGAAAUUUGCAAAAACGCCUAUGCACAAAAAAAUACUCUUUAUAGACAUAUCAGUUUGGUCCACAAGAAGACGCAGGUUUCCUUGUGCGUAACUUGUGGCAAAACCUUUCUUUCAUAUUACAGACUAGCACGUCAUGUAUUGGUCCAUGAUGAAAACAGAAUCCGGGCUCCAUGCAAAAUAUGCGGCAAAACCUUUUCGACAAAAGAAAAUGCCAGAAAGCACCUUAAAGCUGUUCAUCUCAGGACACUAAAGCCACAGAAAAUACGAUGUUGUCGCUGUCGUGAUUAUUUUGAGAAAGAUGUCUAUGAAAAGCAUCUGAAGGAUGCUCAUGGAAUAAAUCGAUCUAGGAUAUCGCAGAAAAUGUAUAAAGGUUCUCUGAAAUGCAGUUUCUGUCCAAAGGUAUUUAAAGGCAUUGAGUGUCUGACUAAUCACGAAAAUGUCCAUCGAGAUCUAAGACCAUUUAUUUGUGAUAUUUGUUCAAAGGCAUUCAGACAAAAAGCCCAUUUGCAAACACACAUGAAUUGCCAUAUUAAAAAGAGAUUUCCAUGCGAUUCCUGUGAUAAAUCCUAUACGCAUCCAUACACACUUAGGAUUCACACAAGGAUCCAUACUGGAGAGAAGCCAUACCAAUGUCCUUACUGCCCUGAACGAUUCAACGAACAAAAAAAAUCCAAAAAACACAUUUUAAAAUGCGCUGAAACUUCUAAAAAGGCAAAUUCUUCUCCAAAAAUUAUUGGGAACUGAAUAAAAUUAAAAAUUUGUCAAA